AUGGAGACGCGGCUCGAUACUCGGGAGCAGCACGCCGCCGCCAACCACCUGGCCGACGUCAAGGCGGCCCCCAGCGGCACGGCCAGCCCUGGCCCGCCGCUCCUGCGGCCAGAGGUUAAGGCCCAGCUGGAGCUCGAGGACAACCUGCUCUUCCUGCUGGCCAACAUAGCCAACGACGAGGGAGAGGGCAAGGAGGAAGGCGGCACCACCGGCCUGGGCAGGCUGGGCGAGGAUGCCAGCAGCAGCGGCGGCAGCUCCGACACGCAGAGCAAGCUGCCCGCGGGCGACGAGCAGCCCGCGGCGGGCGGCCGGCGCCAGCAGCGCCAGGCCGCGGCGCAGCAGCGGCUGCGCCUGCGCCAGCGCGCGGCGAUGGAGGAGGAAGAGGAGGAGGAGGUGGCUGAUGGCAGCGACUCGGACCUAGGCGGCGCCGCCCUGUCUGACAGCGACGCCCCGCUGGGCGAGCAGCAGCCGCGGGCGCGGGCGGCGGCGGCCGGCGCCGCCGCCGCGGCCGCCGCCGCGGGCGAGGGCGAGGGCGAGGAGGAGGGCGAGGGCGCGCGCCCCGCCAAGCGGCCCAAGCCCAGCAAGCCGCCGGCGGUGCUGGGGCCCCGCAAGUAUGUUUCCAGCCAGAUCACGAUCACCAUCCUGGAGCAGGAGGGCUGCUUCAACAUGACCCAGGUGGACGCCGCCCGCCACCUGGGCUUUGGCUCCUCCACCGUGCUCAAGAAGGUCAUGCGGCGGCUGGGCAUCAAGCAGUGGCCGUACCGCAAGCGUACCUCCGCCAAGAAGAUCACCCACAGCCUCGAGGAGUACAUGCGCAAGUACGGCGACCCCGCCAAGGUGGAUGCCGUGCUGGAGCGCGUGCGCAUGGAGCUGGCAGUCUACGAGGCCAGCCCCACAGGCUCCAUCCCGCUGCGCCCCGAGCUGGCCGCGCUGCGCCAGCGCCUGUACAAGUUGGACAACAAGGUUAAGCACGAGUUCAAGCGGGACGCGGAGGCGCCGCUGCGCCAGUGCGUGCACAGCCUGGUGGAGAAGACGUGGCAGGAGCUGCAGCCCACCUGGAUGAGCGACCUGGCGCAGCAGCAGCUGCCCGGCGGCGGCGAGGCGCCCCCGCUGGCGCACCUGCCCCCCAUGCCGCUGCCCGCCGCGGCGGAGGCCGGCGCGGGCCGGGAGGGCGAGGGCGGCGCCGAGGGCGGCGUCAGCGAUGCCACGCUCAUGCUGGCCAUGCUGCUGGCCCAGGGCGUCACCGUCCCGCCCGCAUUCCUGGUGCCCGUCGGCGGCGCGCCUGCGCCCGCGCCCGCGCCCGCCAAGGGGACUGGCUCCGAGGCGUCUGCUGCCACCCAGCAGCAGCAGCAGCAGCCGCAGCAGCAGCCCAAGGUGGAGCAGCCGGCGCCUGCCACCAUGACGCCUGAGGAGGCGGAGGCGGCGGCCAAGGCGCGCGUGGCGGCGCUGGCUCCCGACCUGCCGCCGCCCGCGGCGGCCGCCGCGCCCGCGCCCGUGCCGGCGCAGGCGUGA